AUUCAUCGAUCAGCGAGCACAACAGCACAAGAAAGAGAGAAGAGGCAAUGGCGCUGCAAGCUCACUCUCCUUCACGCUUACUCUUACACUCGCAGUCUCCGUUACAGUCAACACAAACUCCUUCCACUCUCACACUCUCACUCACUGCCGCCUUCAACCCCAAACCCCUCACUCUCUCUUUCUCACGGCGUCGGCAGAGGAGUAUUACGGUGUCCCCAGUGGUGGAGGAAAGCCAGGAGAGUUCCGAACCGGAAGCGGAAGCAGAAGCAGAAGCAGAAGAGAAAGAAGUGACGGUGGCCGAAGAGCUGAAGAAGGCGAUGCAGGAGAGAAGAGAGAAAGAAGGAGAAGAAGAGUUUUGGGGCGGAGUAGGGCGAGAGAUCAGGGAGAUCGAGUGGCCACCCUUUGGGAAGGUGCUGGGCACCACCAGCGUUGUUAUCAGCGUCAUCUUUGGUUCCAGCGUCGUUUUGCUCACUCUCAAUGCUCUUCUCGCUGAGCUUUCUGACCGCGUUUUCGCCGGCAAAGGGGUUCAGGAUUUCUUCACCUAAGUCACUCAUAGCCAAUCAAAAUGCUUGCUUUGGAUCACUAGCUACGUCUAUUCGAUCCUAAGUCAUUUCAGCCGUUGUUGCUGUGAUUAUCAACAAUGUUGCUGCUGCUUGGGUGUCAUCGGAGUUGCUGCAGCUGCCACGGAUUAGGAUAAAGGGUUUGUUGCAUUUAACAAUUUUUACGAGUUUCAACUGAUAGAGGGAUGAAUUUUAAAUUAGAGCUCUCAAUUUAUGACUGCCUAUAAAGUUUAAUUAAUAAGUGC